AUGUUGUGGUCUCGCGCCUGGAAAGCCCUCGCGCUGGUGGCGGGUUUGGCGCCAACGAGUGAUGCUAUCACAUACUCGCCUCUGAAGCCUCCAUCGUACCCGCUGGCCGUGCGGAGCCCAUACUUGUCGGCGUGGAUCCCCGGCAAUGAAGUCGCGUCGAUUUCCAACAACAACGCGCAAUUCUGGGCCGGCAACAAGCUGAUCUGGUCGGUCAUCGCGCGGGUGGAUGGCGUCGCGUACAACUUGUUUGGCGUGGCCGUCCCUCCCAGUGGCACCCAGUCGGCCACCGUGACUGCGGCGACCUACACCUCGACCCAUUCCACCUUCACCUUGACCGCGGGAUCGCGUGAAUUCACCCUGGACUUCUUCUCGCCGGUGUCGCCGAAGAACUAUCUGCGGCAGUCCUUACCCUUUUCCUACCUGACGGUGACCCUCGCCGCGGGUGACGCGAGCUCGGUACAGAUCUACUCGGACAUCGAUGCGAGCUGGACCGGCCAGACGAGUGACUCCAGCUGGAGCUACUCCACCAGCGGAUCAACAGGCGUUUUUCAGAUCGAGGCGGUGGGGACGGCCACCUACUCGCAGAACAGCGACGGCCAAGCUCUGUGGGGCAGCGCCGUCUACGCCACUCGCCCCGCCAACUCCAGCUCGCUCUCCACUGCCUCCGGGCCGUCCCUAGCCGUGCGCAAGACAUUCGUCAACAGCGGCAAGCUCACGGGUAACCACGCCGACUGGAUCUCCACGGGCGUUGUGGGCUUUGCGCACGAUUUGGGAGCCACCGCCGCCGAGUCCACCGUGACCUUUGCGAUCGGUCACGUGCGGGAGCAGUCCAUCAACUUCUUUGACCAGGCACAAACCGGCUACUACCGCGCAACAUACUCCGACACCGUCGACGCGGUCGUGCACUUCUUGGACGAUUACGACGACGCCAAUGCUGAGUCGACUCAGUUCGAUGACCUAAUUCAGGACACGGGCACCUCCAGCCAUGGUUCCAACUACUCGGACAUUCUCGCACUGUCGGUGCGCCAGGUCUACGGCGGCAUUGAGGUGACCAUUCCGAACGACUCGCUCGACACGAGCGACACACGCGCCUUCAUUAAGGAGAUCUCCAGUGAUGGAAAUAUUAACACGGUGGACGUAAUCUACGCGGCAUUCCCGAUCUUCUACAUUCUGAGUCCCGAGAUCAUUAAACUGCUCAUUGCCCCUGUUUUCGAGUACAUGGGCACCAGUGCCUACACCAAGUCAUAUGCAGUGCACGAAAUCGGUGCCAACUACCCCAAUGCGACCGGCCACCCAUCUGACGGCGAGGAGAUGCCCAUUGAGGAGAGCGGCAAUGUGAUCUUCCUCACCUAUGCCUACCAGGCGGCCACCGGCAACACCGACCUGGCGACCACAUACUCGGUCCAGCUGAAGCAGUAUGCCGACUAUCUCUACGAAAACGGUCUUUACCCCGCAUCACAGCUGUCGCUCAACGAUGCGCUCGGCGAACUCGCUAACCAGACCAACCUGGCGGUCAAGGCUGCCGUGGGCCUCGCCACUUACGGGGCUUUAGUAGGCCAAAGCAACUACACGACUGCCGGCAAGGAAUUUGCAGACAAGAUCUGGACAGACCGCCUCGGAACGGACGAGGAUGGCACCCGCUUCUUGAUCCAGUACGGCAUCACCCCGUGGUUCCUGGUCUAUAACCACUACCCAGACCUGUUAUUUGGCCUGAAUGCCUUCCCCGACGAAGCUUACAUUGUCACGGCUGAAUUCUACCCGACUGUGCGCAGUGAAGCGGGGGUUCCCCUGGACGGAUCUAUCGGAUGGGGUCAGACGAACUGGCAGUCGUUCGUUGCUGCGACUGUCAGUGGCGAUACCCGCGAUCUUCUCAUCAGUGACUUGCACACGUAUGUAUCCAACGGGCUGAACUCGGCGCCCUUCUGCGAUCGAUAUUGGGUCGAGGAUAGUGGCAGCUACUCGGCCGGCCAGGAAUACUCCUUCCGUGCGCGGCCCACGCUAGGGAGUCACUUUGCGCUGGCGGCCUUGUCGGCAGGGAACACUUGGUCUUCCUGA